AUGACGACGGCCGACAAGGGCGAGCACCUCCGAACACUGCGUCGCCUCAAGCAGCAGCGACGCCGCGCCCGCGACCUUGACGAGCAAAAGGAUCUCAAGCAGCAGCUUUAUGUCCUACAGCAUUUUCUGGCCAAGUACAAGGCUCACGCUGGCACGACCUUGCCGUGGAAGCAAGUGGCGUCG